CGCCGCGCGGCGCAUCCCCCCGUCCCCCGGCUUCAACCCCCCCCAGGUUGACCGACCACAAUGGCCGCCGCGGCCGCCAUCUCCGCGCCACCGCGGCCUCCCCGCCUCGCGCUCCACCUCCACCCCUCCCCCUCCUCCUGCUCCACGGCCUCCUCGCUCCCCAUCCUACGCCGUCGCUUCCGCCGCCCGCUCACCACCGCCGUCCACGCCGUCAAGCAGGACGCGGCCGUCUGGACGCCCGCGCCCGUCUCCGCGGUCGGCGCGGCCACCGCCGACGGCUCCAUCUUCCACGUCGCCGUCGACCUCUCCGACGCCGCCGACCUCGCGGAGUCCUACACCUCGCCGGGGCAGUACCUCCAAAUCCGCGUGCCCUCCGGCGGCGGGGAGGAGCUCAAGCCGGCGUUCAUGGCCGUCGCCUCGCCGCCAGGCGCCGGGGCGCGGUUCGAGUUCCUCGUCAAGUCCGUGCCGGGGACCACCGCGGAGCGCCUGUGUGGGCUCCGCGACGGGGAAGUGGUGGAGCUCGGCGCAGUCAUGGGGAAGGGGUUCCCACUCGAGAGGAUAACGCCGGCGGACGCCGCGCAGACCGUGCUCAUCUUCGCUGCCGGGACGGGGAUCAGCACAAUUCGUUCACUUGUUGAGUUUGGUUUUGGUGCCAAUGAAAGAGCUGACGUGAGACUUUAUUAUGGUGCCAGAAGUCUAAAAACUAUGGCGUAUCAGGAUAGAUUUAAGAAUUGGGAGUCAGCAGGACUUAAAAUAAUUCCUGUCCUAUCACAACCAGAUGAUAGUUGGAAAGGUGAAUGUGGAUACGCACAGCAUGCUUUCUUGAGAGCCAAGAACAUAGUAAACCCAUCUUCUACAGGAGCAGUGCUAUGUGGACAGAGGCAAAUGCAAGAGGAAGUCACCACAGCCCUUGUUGCGGACGGUGUAUCACAGGAUAAAAUUUUGACCAACUUCUAGAAACGAUUUCUGGCCUCCUGUAUUGUACUACCAUUCAUUUGGCCUGGUUUUGUAAAUUUUUAUGCUUAGACCUCACUGCCAUGUUCCACGGAUAUAUCCACCGAGCUUCAGCGAGGAACAAGGCUCCAAUUUUUUUUUUUCGUUGCACAUACUUUGUGUAAUGUAAGCAGAGGACGACUACUUUUCAGGCAACCAUCAUCUCCUUUGGUUGGCUUUUGCUAAAGACACCCAUAACCUUGGCAUCAUCAAAUUGAACCAAACGGAUCGGUUUAUAACUUUA